AUGUGCAUUCUCCUUUCUUUGUCCCUUUCGCUCAGGGUAACACAUAUUUUUUUGCAUACCUACUAUCAUAUACUUUUUACAUACUCUCCAACAACGUACACAUAUUACUUAAGCAAAAUAAAAAUGCGCGCCAUAGUGGUAAAAAGCUGGCUCAAGAACCCAAGCGAUAUGGAGGUUAGGGAUGUGCCGGCGCCGAUACCAAUGGAGGGCGAGUUGCUCGUAAGGAUAGACUCAGCUGGGGCCAACUUUUUUGACAUUCUGAUGGUUCAGGGCAAGUAUCAGUUCAAACCGCUAUUUCCAUUCACUCCUGGAGCAGAGUUCUCAGGCACAGUAGUGCGCGUAGCGGACUCGGUCAACAGCACACAGUUUAAGGUCGGAGACCGCAUAUUUGGGUCAAACCCAACGGGCGCCUACGCCGAGUACAUUGCGGUUCCGGCGCUGCAGUGCUUCCACAUUCCGUCUACCCUAAGCUUUGAGCAAGCAGCGGGCUCGCUUGUAUUGCGUGCCCAGGUGAUGCCAGGUGACUGGGUACUUGUGCAUGCGGCCGCGGGUGGCGUGGGCAUUGCGGCUGUGCAAAUUGCCAAGGCACUAGGCGCUAGGGUUAUAGCAGCAGUAGGCAGCGCGAGCAAGUUUGAUGUUUGCUGGGCCCAGGGUGCCGACCAUUGUAUUAACUACCGCGAGCCAGACUGGACCAACAAAGUUCUCGACUUGACCGACGGCAUGGGUGCCAAUGUGGUCUUUGACCCCGUGGGGCUAGUUGAAAAGUCACUCAAGUGUGUGGCGUGGAAUGGCCGUGUUGUUAUUGUGGGCUUUGCCGCGGGCUCUAUUGAAAAGAUUUCUGCCAAUCGCAUUCUGCUCAAGAAUGUCGCUGUCACCGGCGUGCACUGGGGAGCAUACGUUUUGAACGAGCCUGAGAGAAUCCCUGAGGUCUGGGAUGCGCUGUUCAAAAUGGCUGAGGAGAGAAAGAUCAACCCUGUUGUAUACACGCCAGUGUACCAUGGCCUCGAAAGUGUCAAGAAUGCGCUCAAAGCCAUUGCUAAUCGCGAGACAUACGGAAAGGUGGUUGUCAAGCCGUCUGUAAUAUCUUCGAAACUCUGAAACUCUAAAACUUUAAAACCAAUAUAUAUGUUACUUUUUUUAUAAUUUUAGUAUACCGAAUGAAUUGAUGCGCG